AUGAUUCCUGAAGUUGUUGAAAAUUACAUGCUCAUUGAAGUUAUUGGUUCUAUAAAAAAUGGUAAAGUCUAUAAGGCUUUAAAUAUAAAGAAUAAUAGUUGUGUGGCAAUCAAAGUUUUCGAAAUAGAAUAAUUUAGAGAAGUACCUGAACUGGAAGAAUUAACUAUGAAUGAAAUUCUAACUCUAACUAUAAUUAAUAAUCCUUGUGUUGUUAAAUUUAUUGAAAUCUUAAAGAGUUUUCGCCAUUAUUAUUUUGUCUAUGAAUAUUGUAAUGACUCCACUCUUGAAGCAAUUAUUUAAGAAUAAGGGUAAGAUUGAGUAUUAAAACUUUAGAGUUUAAACAGAGAAAGUAGCCUUUUAUUACUUUAGAUAAUUGGUCUAAGCCUUUUAAUCAUUAGUCUCUGAAAAUAUUAUACAUAGAAAUUUGAAACCAAGCAAUAUUAUGUUGCAUAGUGGUUAAAUUAAAUUAGGGGGUUUUAGAUUUUGCAAAGGUAUGAAUGCCCCUUAAGAUUUAUCAUUAACAAUGGUUGGUUCACUUAAUUAUAUGGCACCAGAAAUUUUGAAAGGACAAGAGCAUAGUGUGAAAGCAGAUAUUUGGUCAUUGGGUUGUGUGUUAUAUGAAUUGCUAUAUGGAAUCCCUCCAUUCAAAGAAAAAACUAUGGCUAAAUUAUUGUUAGAACUUGAGGAGAGAGAAAUAUAAUUUUUGGAUAAUGUUAAUGUUGUAUCUCAAACAACUAAAAAUUUAUUAUUAAGAAUGUUAACAAAAGAUUAAAAUAAAAGAAUUAAUUGGAAAGUAUUAUUUGAAAGAGAACUUACUUAGACUGAAAGUAAAUUUAUAUUCUAUUAUUUAGGAAAAAAAAAUAAUAUAGAAUAACAACCAAAUUAAAUUUAAUAAGGGUUAACUUUUAAUUCUUAGAUAUAUUAAGCAUCUAAAGUUUUAAAGUAUUUAUUGAUGGAAAGAAACAAAAUAUUUUAUCUAUAAAAAGUUUUAGAAGAAGUCUUAGAAUUCACUAAAAAUGAAGUAUUUUCUAUAUAUAAUUUUAGAGAGAUGAAUAAAGAGUAUCUUAAAGUGUGUUUUGUGGAUAUUUAAUUGCUAAAUACAUUUCUUAUUUAAAUGAAAUGAUUAGGAUGAAUUUAGUUGAAAAGUUCAAUAUUUCAGCUUUCCCAUAUUUAGCUAAGAAACUUGAAUUAUAAAAUGAUAUAACUAAAACAUUAGAAUAUAAAAGUUUUUGUACUUUAAUUCAAAAAGAAUGUAAAAUAGCCAGAAAAAUGUUUUAAGAUUUUUAGGAAACAGCAGAUAUAUUCUUUAAAUCUUAAACAAAUGGAUAACAUAUAUAUUAAGGUACUAAAUUUACUCAUUUUGAAAAUGAAUUAGAAAGAGAGAUAAGUUCUUUUGAAAUUUCAAUUACUUUUAUGAAAAAAUUUGUCUUAAAAUAUUGUGAAGAUUUGAAAAGUCAAUAUUUACAAUAAUUUUUAGAUAAUAAUCCAUAAAGUGGAAAUAAGUAAAAUACUUAUUUAUAUUUUAAGAUAAUUAUUGCAUAUCGAAAAAACAUUAGAAUCAUUAAUUUUAGAUGAAUUUUUUGAAAAUUGUAUGGAUUAUCGAUAAAUUGAUUUAGAAUAAUAAAAUUAUUUUGCAAAUUUAAAUAAGUAUCCAAAAGCAGAUUUAUUGUAAAUCAUUACAAAUAAGAUGGAUUAUAUUAGACAUAAAUUAUAUAAAUAAUGA